CUAUAUUAAAAAAAUGAUUAGUUUAACAAGUUGAUGAAUAUAUUUUUCAAAUAAAAUCCCCCUUCAACUACGUAACUCCUCCAUGUGAGCUAUGUCUCGGUCACUGAGCUUACUAUACUCAGAUUCCUAAAAAUAUGCAUCUCAGAAGCUUCAUUUUCCAUAUCAUUUUCUAUCUACAUCCAGAUGUUAAAUUGGAACAAGAAACAAUGGGGUGCAGUGGUUCUGUGUAUGCAAUUGGGAGAAGAAAGAAGAUGACAAGUAUAUCAGAAAUUGUAGUUUAUUUUCCGACAAUGCGCAUUCCAGCACAAUCUGAUCUUCACAGGGCACUUAAAGGGUUGAUUCCUCAAGAUCUUCUUGAUAGAUUGGUCUGUCUUCGGAAUCAGAUUCGAUUAGUAGCAGAAGAUACCGGUGGAUCUGCAAUAGCGGAAUUGCGGCGAGCAUUAGAGGAGUUUUUGUUUCUUCUUGUUGGACUUGCUAAGAAAGAGAAUGGUCUUGAAGAUUCUGUGGAAUUCAAGUGGAAAAAUUUAGAAGAUGGGCAGCAAGAACAUUCUGUGGCAAACUCCUGGUUUGAGUUACUGUCUGUUGUUCAUAUGAUGGCAAUUCUGACUUUAUCAGAGGCUAACUCAUUGAUGAUCCCCAAGGAUCAGUCUGGUUCCGGCAUAAGAGUUUUAUCUACAGAUUGUAAGAGGGAUGCAGUUGAUUUACUGCUUAAGGCAGCAGGAUACUUAGAAUUCUGUGUUCGGGAAGUAUUGGUUCGGAUUCCACCAGAUAUUAAGAUAAAAUUUCCAAAAGAUUUGCAAGAUGGUGUACUGGAGGCUAUGUCCAUUCAAGCACUAGGCCAGGGAACUGAAAUUCAGCUUGGAUUAGCUGUUGAAAGCCAGAAAGCAACAUUAUCUGUAAAGAGGAGGUUGGCUUGUGAGCAAUUAAUAUACUUUGGUCAGGCUUAUAAUUGCCUGUCAGAAUGCGACAUGAAUUAUGAAAAUGGAAAGAAGCAUCUCUGGUUUAUCAAGUGGAAGUUCCUCGAAUCAAAGGCAGCAGCAUACUACUACCAUGGCUUGAUCCUAGACAAGGGAACUGAACCGGCCUUACAUGUUAGUGCCGUGUGUUGUUUCCUUGCCGCAGAACAACUUCUGCAAGAAAGCAAAAAGGCCUGCUUAAGUUUUUGCCUUUCAGCUCCUGUUACCAGAUCUCCUCCACUAUGGGGUGUCAUGAAGCACUUGCAUCAGAAAAUUCCUGAAGUCGCGUCAAGGAAAUCUCAGAUGUACGGAUACCUAUUAGAAGAAGAAAAGGGUCUACAAGCAUUGCCCGAGCUUCCGGAAUUCCAACUAUCUUUAAGGCCGGACGAGUAUAUAUUGCCGGAAGUAGAUGAGGCAUGGGAUAAAGAAAGGUGGGAAAUACAAAGGCAUUCCUUAAAGGAACACCUUAAAGAUAUUGAAGAUGAUCAAAUUGAAACUUAAUGAUACCAUUUGUAUGAAACUCUUCUAUAUAUUAUGUAGUUUAGCUAAUUACUAAUAUAUAUAUUACUACAUUAUUACUAAUAUUAAUGGAAGAUGAUGGCAACAAGAAGUCAUCGACUCAUCUUUUAUGUAUUGUCAAAAAAAAAUGUAUUGCAAAAGUCUAAUGUAAAUCCAGCUUUAUUGAGUUUAAUAUGAAUUGUUGCAUCCUUGAUCA